AUGUUGUUGGACGGUGAGGAUCGCACACAGCUCUCACAGAUCUUCCAGAAGCUUCAUGCAGUGGAUGAUGAUGAUGAUGAAGAUGAGGGCAGCAGUGCGGUCGGGCCGUCCGUCUCCCUGCGGUUGUCUAACACGUUUGAGUUCGGUCAGGCGCUGAACAGCGCUCUCUCUGGUGGUGACCUGCUGACCUGCGCUGAGCUCAUGCGCUCCGUCACUUCCGAAUGCCUGCCGCGGCUCAUCGGCACACAGCUGGACGGACACACGCUGGGCUUCAUCAUACGGGCGCUGAACACACACCUGCUGCACACACACCCCGAGCUGGUGUUCCUGCACCUGCAGCAGCUGCAGACGGCACGCAGACUCACGAUGGUGCUGAUGUUGUUGGACGGUGAGGAUCGCACACAGCUCUCACAGAUCUUCCAGAAGCUUCAUGCAGUGCAGACUCAAGCUUUCUCACAAAAUGACGUCACAAACCUGGCCAACAAAUACCUGUGAUGCUCCUUCAGCCUUCCCAUGAUUC